AUGGGUUGCUGUAUGAGUCAAGAGGAACAAGAAGGGAAGAGAAAAAAUGAAGAAAUCGAAAACCAAAUAAAAAAGGACAAAUUAUCAAUGCGUAAUGAAAUAAAAAUGCUUUUACUAGGUGCUGGUGAAUCUGGAAAAUCUACAAUUCUUAAACAAAUGAAGCUUAUUCACGAUGGAGGAUAUUCACCGGAAGAACGAGAGUCAUUUAAAGAGAUUAUCUUUUCCAAUACGGUACAAUCCAUGAGAGUUAUCUUGGAAGCAAUGGAAGUUAUGAAUAUUCCAUUUGAUAGUGAAGAAAUUCAAAAGCAUGCCACAAUAAUUUUGAAUCUUCCUAACCAAAUAGAGGGAGAUCAUUUACCACAAGAUGUUUCAUUGGCAAUUAAAACACUUUGGCGAGAUUCUAGUGUACAACAAUGUUUCAGCCGAUCUCGAGAAUAUCAAUUAAAUGAUUCAGCAAAAUAUUACUUUGAUUCUAUUGAUCGUAUCUCUCAGGCAGAUUAUUUCCCAACAGAUCAAGAUGUGUUACGAUCACGGGUAAAAACAACUGGUAUUACAGAGACAACAUUUUUCAUUGGAGAACUAACUUAUCGUAUGUUUGAUGUUGGAGGUCAACGUUCAGAACGUAAAAAGUGGAUUCACUGCUUUGAAAAUGUUACAGCGAUUGUAUUCUUGGUUGCAAUUUCUGAAUAUGAUCAAUUAUUGUUGGAAGAUGAGACAGUGAUAGAUCGUUUUGCAGAGAAAUUACCAAUUUCUCCAAUGGAAAAUUACUUCCCAGAUUAUACAGGUGGUGAUAAUUAUGAGGCCGCCUGUGAUUAUAUACUUAAUCGAUUUGUUUCUUUGAAUCAAUCUGAUAUCAAACAAAUAUAUACACAUUUCACAUGUGCUACUGAUACUCAACAAAUUAAAUUUGUCAUGGCAGCUGUGAAUGAUAUUAUCAUUCAAACAAAUUUAAGAGAAGUUGGUCUACUAUAA